AUGGAUUUUCUUAGUGCAGUGUUUCUGUCACAGGUGCUCCUGUCGACUGCGGUUGGCCUGUUCGUCCUCCGUGCCGCCUACUACGCGUGGCUGCACCCCCUCGCAAAGUACCCCGGCCCAUGGUACGCAAAGACCACGCACCUGGUCUACUACGCCAUCGAGUGCAGGGGCCAGCUGAUCCCCUGGAUCUGUCGGCAGCACGCGCGCUACGGCCCGACGGUGCGGCUGGGCCCCGAGCGUCUCAGCUUCACGUCCGCCGAGGCCUGGGCCGACAUCUACGGCGGACGCGGGCGCGGCGCCAACCCGCGCGCCCACUCCUUCCCCCGGGAUCCCUGGUGGACCGACGGCCUCGACAGCAUCAACUCCAAGGGUGUGCGUAGCAUGGCCACGCACAGAGACGGCGCCGAGCACGCCCGCCUGCGCCGCAUUUUCAGUCCCGCCUUCUCCGAGCAGGCCCUGCGCCGCCAGGCCAGCAUGCUGGCACGCCACGCCGACGCGUUGGUGGCGCGCAUUAGGGCCGACUCCGAGGCCGGCGCCAUCGACGCGGUGCGCGUCUUCAACUUUGCUACGUUUGACAUUACGACCGAGAUUGUGUUUGGCGAGUCGCUGGGCAUGCUGGCCGAUGGUAGAUACGUGCCGUGGGUGGCCAACGUCUUCAGCUCCUUCAAGAGCAUGGUCUUCGUCGCCUUCCCGGCAGCCCGCCUCGGCCGCGCCGCGCGCUUCAUAAAACGCCACCUCCUGCCCGCGUCUUUCCGGCGGCUCAUGGACUCGCACAUGCGCUUCGUGCGCGACCGCGUCGACGCGCGCCUGGACCGGCCGUCGGACCGGCCGGACCUGUGGAACCUGGUGCUGGCCGACGAAAAGGCGCCGCUCACGCGCCACGAGAUGUACAGCAACGCCGCGGCCUUUGUGCUGGCCGGUUCCGAGACGUCGGCGACCCUGCUGAGCGCGCUGACCUACCUGCUGCUCCGGGGCCCCCAGCGCAUGCACCGCCUCGUGCGGGAGAUCCGUUCUUUCGGGUCGGAGGACGACAUGACGCUGGAGGCGCUGGCGCAGAUGGAAUAUCUGAACGCAUGUAUUAGCGAGGGCCUGCGCGUUUUUCCACCUCUGCCCACUUCCGGCCCGCGUGUUGUGCCCCGGGAGGGUGGCAUCGUCUGUGGAGAUUUUGUUCCUGGGGGUACCCAUGUCGGUAUCUACCACUACGCCGCCUACCACUCGCCCGCAAACUUUGAGGAGCCGGACUCGUUUCUCCCAGAACGGUGGCUCCCCGGCUCAGGAUUUCGCGACAAGAAGGAGGCCUAUGAGCCCUUUUCGAUCGGGCCGCUGAACUGCAUUGGACAGAGUCUGGCAUACCACGAGAUGCGUCUUCUCAUGGCCAAGGUGCUCUGGCAUUUCGACCUUGAGCUGCUCCCGCAGUCGGCCGACUGGGCUGAGCGUUGCGAGGUGUAUACCCUUUGGGAUAAGCCGCCUCUGAUGGUGCAGGCGUGCGCAGUGCGAUAG